UAUAUAUUGUAUAAAUAUAUCACAGUUGAGUUUGAGCAUUCAUUUGUAAACCAUUGGUACAGAGACGACGUAGGUAUUAAAAUAGAAAAUAAAAAAAAACGUUAUAUGUUCUGUGCGAUUGGAUAGAACCGAAAACCACGACGAAAUCUUCAUUAAGAUAAGUUGGAAGGAAGCCUGCAGUUAAAAAUAAGUUACAAUGCCUCCAAAUCAGUCGAAUGGGGAUUUUUUGGAACACUCAAAUGAGGGUUUGGAAAAGCUGGUGCCUGGUCGUAUCACACCGAGGAAGUACGUCAUCGACUAUCCACACGUGGCGCUCUUUGGUUAUGGAAAUGCAGCUGCCUGUUAUGGCCUAUAUCUGGCUAUUACUAAGGCCACCUGGAAUACCUUAUUUUUCAAUUGGUUUGUAUUUGUACUGGCGUCUAUCGGAGUGACAGCCGGCGCUCAUCGCCUGUGGAGUCACAGGGCCUUCAAAGCGAAACUUCCACUUCAGAUACUUCUGAUGGUGAUGCAGACUCUGUCUUUCCAGAGAACUGUGGCUCAUUGGGUGCGAGACCAUCGAUUGCAUCACAGAUACAGUGACACCGACGCAGAUCCACACAAUGCAUCCCGCGGCUUCUUCUUCUCUCACAUCGGGUGGCUGCUGGUCAAGGAACACGAAGAAGUAGAGAAGAGGAUCAAACAUGUUGACAUGAGUGACAUUCUCUCCAAUCCUGUGCUGAAGUUUCAAUAUGACUACGCAGAACCAUUCAUCAUCAUCGUUAGCUUGCUACCUCCAACAAUAAUACCGGUCUACUUUUGGGGAGAGAGCCUGUACGUUGCUUGGCAUCUGGCAGUCCUCCGCUGCACCAUAAACCAACACAUGACCUUCCUGAUAAACAGCGCCGCUCACAUUUGGGGCAACAAACCCUACGAUCGCAGCAUUAAGCCAGCCCACAAUCUAUCGGUAUCAGUCGCCUGUUUUGGGGAGGGUUUCCACAACUACCAUCAUACUUUCCCCUGGGACUAUCGGGCUGCAGAGCUUGGGAAUAAUUGGCUGAAUAUGACAACAUUGUUCAUUGAUUUCUUCAAGUGGAUCGGAUGGGCUUAUGAUCUGAAAACCGUGGAUGAAGAUACUAUCAGGAAUCGCGCGAAAAGAACUGGAGAUGGAAGUAACCGUUGGGGGUUGAAAGAAACUGUGCCGAAGGAUAUCACUAUGCAAACGAUAUUAGAAUAAACGCAUUAGUAUUUU